CGCAAGCACAGAGGAACGUCAUCGCGCAGACUACAUCUCCCAGAACGCACCGAGCCGAGCCUUUCUCCAUUUUGUCGUCCAGCAGGUAGCAGAGGAGGAACCCUACGCCUGGCAGGGGGUUGCCAUGGAGACGUGGGGCCGACGGCGUCCUAGUGAGGGCCGUGAUUGGUGCAGAACCCUGCUCGUAUUUCUAGGAGGGCCCGUAGAAAACUGAGGAAAACGUGGUGGGGGGGCAUGCGCUGUCUACAAGGCGGUACUGUCGUCCGUUUCCCCCGAGAAGCUAGCGCACGUCGACGGGGGCCGGACGCCUGGAUUCGAGGAGGGAGCGUGGGAAGAGGCGGCCGGGAGUGUGAUCUGAUCAUUGCGACCACCGCUACCCACAGGGGACCGGGGGGCGGGGGCGCCAGGCUAGAAACGGGGGCGAGGGUGGGGGAAGGGCAAGGAGGCGCUGGAGCUGGUGCGCGGAGCAUUCUGGGAGACGUAGUCCGGACGGGUAGGGGGAAAUUGGCGAGUGCGCAUGCUCGGGAGCGCGGAGCGGCCCGCUAAGUGCAGAGGGGCAGACAUUGGCCUCAGAGACCUGACCUGGUACUCCCAAUGAGACCCACUGUGCUGGGAUCCCCAGGUUGCACACCCCCAGAUGAUGAUGGGACUGUCAUGGUGAAGCUGGAGGACUCUGAAGAGGAGGGUGAAGCUUCCCCAUGGGACCCAGGCCCUGAGGCUGCACGCCUGCGCUUCCGGUGCUUCCGCUAUGAGGAGGCAGCGGGACCUCGAGAGGCUCUGGCCCAGCUCCGAGAGCUGUGUCACCAGUGGCUGCAGCCAGAGGUGCUCUCCAAGGAGCAGAUACUGGAACUGUUGGUGCUGGAGCAGUUCCUAGGUGCACUGCCCCCCGAGAUCCAGGCCCGUGUGCAAGAGCAGCAGCCAAGCAGCCCGGAGGAGGCUGCUGCCCUGGUGGACGGACUGCGCCAGGAGUUGGGCGGGCCUCGGAGAUGGGUCACAGUCCAGGUGCAGGGCCAGGAGGUCCUAUCAGAGAAGAUGGAGCCCUCUGACUUCCAGCCCCUACCUCAAACUGAGCUGCAGACUCCAGAGCCUGGUCCCAAGAUGCCCUUUGGGGCCAGGCAGGAAUCGUUGCUGGGCCUUCAGGUGAAGGAGGAGCCAGAGGUUACAGAGGAUCCAGAGCUUCUGGAGUCCGGGCGUCUAGCUGCCACCCAGGAGGCUGCACCCACCCUCCUGCCUGAGGAGGCCCAGGGCUGUGGGACAGUGCUGGACCAGGCCUCUCCCCACAGCGAGAAUGGGCCUGAGGGGCCUUCAUGGAGGGAGCAUUCCAGGGCCCUGUGGCAUGAGGAAGCUGGGGGCAUCUUCUCCCCAGGAUUUGCUCUCCAGAUGGACAGCGUCUCCGCAGGCCCAGGUACUGUGAAUCCCCACCUCCACAUCCCCUGGGACCUCGGCAUGGCUGGCCUCUCAGGCCGGAUCCAGUCACCCUCCCACGAAGGUGGCUUAGCGCAUGCGCUCAUGCUUCCCAGCGACCCGGGAAGUGAGCAGGACCCCACGCAUGAGGAUCCCCGCCGGAGCGUGGGUCCCACACUGGUCACUGCCCGCUGGCGCGCUCCCAGGGGCCGAAGCCGGGGCCGGGGUCGCCCCAGCACUGGGGCUGGGGCGGUUCGGGGCGGCCGUUGCGAUGUGUGUGGCAAAGUGUUCAGUCAACGCAGCAAUCUGCUGAGGCACCAGAAGAUCCACACGGGCGAGCGACCAUUUGUGUGCGGCGAGUGUGGCCGCAGCUUCAGCCGCAGCUCGCACCUGCUGCGCCACCAGCUCACGCACACCGAGGAACGGCCGUUCGUUUGCGGAGACUGUGGCCAGGGCUUCGUGCGCAGCGCGCGCCUGGAGGAGCACCGGCGCGUACACACCGGAGAGCAGCCCUUUCGUUGCGCAGAGUGCGGCCAGAGCUUCCGCCAGCGCUCCAACCUGUUGCAGCACCAGCGCAUCCAUGGCGAUCCCCCGGGUCCUGGCGCUGCGCCCCACGCCCCUCCCGGCGUGCCUGAGCCCCCAGGCCCCUUUCCGUGCAGCGAGUGCCGCGAAAGCUUCGCGCGGCGCGCCGUUCUGUUGGAGCACCAGGCGGUGCACACGGGAGACAAGUCCUUCGGCUGCGUGGAGUGCGGCGAGCGCUUCGGCCGCCGUUCGGUGCUGCUGCAGCAUAGGCGGGUGCAUAGCGGCGAGCGGCCUUUUGCCUGCGCGGAGUGCGGCCAGAGCUUCCGGCAGCGCUCCAACCUCACGCAGCACCGGCGGAUCCACACCGGCGAGCGGCCCUUCGCCUGCGCGGAGUGCGGUAAGGCCUUCCGCCAGCGGCCCACGCUCACGCAGCACCUGCGCGUGCACACGGGCGAGAAGCCGUUUGCCUGCCCCGAGUGUGGCCAGCGCUUCAGCCAGCGUCUCAAGCUCACGCGCCACCAGAGGACACACACUGGCGAGAAGCCCUACCACUGCGGUGAGUGCGGCCUAGGCUUCACGCAGGUCUCGCGGCUCACCGAGCACCAGCGCAUCCACACUGGCGAACGGCCCUUCGCCUGCCCCGAGUGUGGCCAGAGCUUCCGGCAGCACGCCAACCUCACCCAACACCGGCGCAUCCACACGGGCGAGCGUCCCUACGCAUGCCCUGAGUGUGGCAAGGCCUUCCGCCAGCGGCCCACACUCACGCAGCACCUGCGCACCCACCGGCGAGAGAAGCCCUUUGCCUGCCAGGACUGCGGCCGCCGCUUCCACCAGAGUACCAAGCUCAUCCAGCACCAGCGUGUCCACAGUGCAGAGUAGCUCCGGUCAGGACACACUGCGACCACUUUGGUCAGAACACCUACCUCACAGGGUUGUUGUGAGGCCAGCGAUCGCUUAGGUACAGACAGACAGGCUGCCCAGGGCCUUGCCCCCAGUAGGUGCUCAAUAAACAGUAGAUGGAAACUGGG